GCAAGCGCGCCGCUGCCGGUGGCGGGGCGACCAAAGCGGCGGAGGAUGGUGGGCGGCGCGACCGUGCAGGGUCCCGUCGGCUUGCACGAGCUGCUUUUAGCCGGGGCUGCGGCUGUUUCGGCCCCUGCCGCUGCCGCUGCCGCUGCCUCGCCUGAUGCGCCGCCGGCAGCCCCGGCUCCUGCGGGCGGCGCCUGCCCCGGGGUUGCUGCCCCGGGGGAAGAGGAGGAGGUCUGCGUGGUGGGCAUCUUCGGCAAGACGGCGCUGCAGCUGGGCUCGGAGAAGGCGGCGCUGGUCAACACGGUCUGCGACCGGCAAGUCUUCCCUCUCUUCCAGCGGGAGGGCGGCGCGGGGUCUCCCGCCAGGGGGCCAAGCCCGGUCCCCGUAGCUGAGUCCCCCCCUCGGCCUUCCUCCUCUUCCUCCUCCUCCUCUUCUUCUUCCUCCUCCUCCUCUUCCUCCUCUGCCAGCCCUUGCCAGGGCGACUACAACCACCUGCAGGCUUUCUACAGCCAGGAGAGCAAGGUGCUCUACCUGGUCCUCACCGCCAUCAGCGACAGCCACCAGCUCUUGCAAGCUUGCAAGGACUUGGAAGCCAUGGGGGGCUCCUCCCGGGCCGCCACGGCCAGCUUAGGGGUGCCGGCGGGCUCCUCGCUGCCCCACGCCGAAGCCCACGAGUUCUGGAAGCACCAGGAGAAGAUGCACUGCCUCAACCUGCUCUACCUUUUCUCCGUCUGUCACAUCCUCCUGAUGGUGCAUCCCACCUCCUCCUUCGACAUCACCUACGACCGGGUCUUCCGGGCGCUCGACGGCUUGCGCCAGAAGGUCCUGCCCACUCUCAAAGCCGCCAUCAAGGACUGCCCGGUUGGCAAAGACUGGAAGCUCUUCUGCAGGCCGUGCCCGCCUCGCUUGCUCUUCCUCUUCCAGCUCAACCGGGCCCUGAAGGUGGAGCCUCCGCCGGGCCGGGGACAAGACCUAGGGGGCCAGUUGGAGAAGCCGGCCCCCAAGAAGCACUCCCCCAAGCGCCGUCUCCAGCAUGCCUUGGAGGACCAGAUCUACCGCAUUUUCCGCAAGAGCCGGGUGUUGACCAAUCAGAGCAUCAACUGCCUUUUCACCGUGCCGGCUAACCAAGCGUUUGUCUACAUCGUGGCUGGCGGGGCCCAGGAAGGCGAAGAUCCCAUCGCCGUCUUGCUGGAGCAGCUGAAAAACAACUGCACGGCUCGGGAGACCGACACUUCGCUGGGCCCGGGGUUGGCCGGGCCCCGGCGGUACCAAAUGAUGCGGCACGGGAGGCAGCAGCUGUCAUUCCACGCCGAAAGCAGCAGCGGCGCCUCCGGGAGCAGCAGUUCGAGCUCGGGGCAGCUGGUGGAUUGCACCUUAAAGGAAUUCCUGUUCCAGCACGUCGAGUUGGUCCUCUGCAAAAAGGGCUUCGACGACAGCGUGGGGAGGAACCCCCAGCCGUCCCACUUUGAGCUGCCCACCUACCAGAAGUGGGUGGCCACUGCCCUGAAGCUUUACGAGGUGGCGAUUGAAGGCAAGGAGAAUGAAUUGUCCCCGGGUGGAGAGCUGACCUCCAAAAUCAUGGGCAGCAUCAAAGUCCUGGAGGGCUACUUGGACAUCGACACCAAGUUCUCCGAGAACCGUUGCCAGAAGGCCCUCCCCAUGGCUCACAGCGCCUAUCAGUCCAACCUGCCCCAUAACUACACCAUGACCAUCCAUAAGAGCCAGCUCGCUCAGGCCUUGAGGGUCUACAGCCAACACGCCCGGGGUCCGGCCUUUCACAAGUACGCCCUGCAGUUGCACGAGGACUGCUACAAAUUUUGGAGCAACGGGCACCAGCUGUGCGAAGAGCGGAGUCUGACGGACCAGCAUUGCAUGCAUAAAUUCCAUUUGCUGCCCAAGUCAGGGGAAAAAACAGAACCGGAUCGGAAUCCACCUGUGUUAUAUCAUAACAGCCGGGCCCGAUCGACCGGUGCCUGCAAUUGUGGGAGAAAACAGGCCCCCCGGGAGGAUCCCUUUGACAUCAAAGCUGCAAAUUAUGAUUUCUAUCAGCUGCUGGAAGAGAAAUGUUGCGGCAAGCUGGAGCAUAUCAACUUCCCCGUUUUUCAGCCCAGUACGCCAGAUCCAGCUCCGGCCAAGAACGAGGCCUCCCCCAGCCCUCCCGAAGGGGAAGCCGAGAAGCUGAAGGAGAAGGAGCCCCAAACUCAGGGGGAAAGCACCAGCCUCAGCUUAGCUCUCAGUCUGGAUCAAUCCACAGAUAGUUUAGGGACCUACCCUGCGGAUCCACAGGGUGGCGGCAACAACACAGAAGCUCAUGGCGCAGCGUCCGAAGCGAAAGGGGAAAAGAGAGCCAGCUUGGUGGAUCGGCAACCUUCCACAGUGGAAUACCUGCCCGGGAUGCUUCACUCCAAUUGCCCCAAGGGUCUUCUUCCCACCUUCUCCAGCUGGUCUCUGGUGAAGCUCGGCCCCGCCAAAGCCUACAAUUUCCACGCCGGCUUGGAUCAACAGGGUUUCAUUCUGGGCACCAACUACUUAAUGCCCUGGGACAUCGUCAUCCGGACGCGGACGGACGAAGAGGGCGACCUGGAUACCAAUUCCUGGCCCGCUCCUAACAAGGCCAUUCCGGGGAAACGGAGCGCCGUGGUCAUGGGCCGAGGAAGGCGGCGGGACGACGUGGCUCGGGCUUUUGUGGGUUACGAAUACGAAGAUGCCCGAGGGAGAAGGUUCAUGUGUUCGGGACCGGAGAAGAUCAUGAAAGUGAUGGGCGGAGGGCCUAAAGAAUCAGCCGUCAAAGCUCUCAAUUCCGACAUGCCCCUUUACAUCCUAUCGUCCAACCCAGGGAGGGGACUUAAGCCGCACUACGCUCAGCUGAUCAGGCUCUUUGUGGUGGUCCCUGAUGCUCCCCUGCAAAUAAUACUCACCCCCCAG